AUGCUUCAAUUCAGGUUUAGAUUGCCACUUCAAGCAAGUAGGCCAGCUCUUGCCUUUUGCGGAUCUCGCACUCCUAGAGUCUCCACGGCUCGGUUCAUCUCGGAUAAACCCAACGAAGUGUUCACCAGACUCUCUGAUGACAAUGACCCUCAGAGAGACGCCUUCUUCAAAUAUUCGUGGGGAUCAUGGCUGAAGAAUGACCGUGUAGAGAAAGAAAAGAGAACUACCAAGUUUUCAAUCGAAGGAUUAACUGAUGUUAUUGGUGAUUUGUACGUUCAAGCGAAAGUCCAGGCUAAGACUGAUUCCAGCAAAGACCAAGUGGCCGCACCCUCUUACAAUCCCAACUUGACCGUUUCACUACCUCAUAACCUAUCUGCCGAUAAUAUAAAGUCUUUGAGCCCCAAUGAAACUCUUAAAAUCACGGCUAUGGCGAGCAUCCACGAAGGCAAACAUCACAGAAUCUACAAAGUUGAUACAAAUGCUGGAAAGUCGUUUGUCCUGAGAAUCCCUUAUGCAACAAAUAGUGAGGCAACCAUUUCUUACAGAUUGAAGAGUGAGGUGGCUACGAUGGACUUCGCCGAUUUGAAACUGGGACUAAAAGUUCCCAAGGUGUAUUGUUUCGGUGCCAACGCUUUGAACCCAAUUAGACAACCUUUCAUUUUACAGGAAUUCAUUGAGGGCAGACUCUUGAUGCGUGACUGGACCCCUCUCGAGGACGAUGCGAAAGACAAAAAAUCUCAUUUGAUCAAAUUGAAUAAAGUCAUAGAACCUCUCUCGCAAUUCCAAGCCAAGCUACUGAGCGUACCAUUCAAUCAGUUUGGUAGCUUAUAUUUUGCCAAGGACGUUCCAGAAAGUCAGGAACCUGCUUAUAACGGCGAAACGAAUCCGUCGCUAGCAAACAGAUGGAGAAUUGGGAUCUCUGUGGAAAGAUGUUUUUGGAGACAAAAAUCUGCCAUGACUUUGGAAAACGUUAAGAAGUUUACCGGCCCCUGGUCCAAGGACAAACCUCUGGACGUUGUCAAAGAUCUCGGCCUCUUGGAGGCAGAAAACGCCAAGGCCAGACUGGCGCUUCAACAAGCCGAUGCUUCGCCUGCUCCAGUGGAUGAAACAAUGCUGAGAGAACAGGCGCGCACUUUCGAAAACGUGGCGAAGAUCUCAACCAUGCUGUUCAACACCAAAUCGACGGUGAUUCCAAACAUGGACGAGCUUUUGAAGCCACGCUUGCACCACCCGGAUUUGGACCCUAUGAAUGUUUUGACCAACGAAAAGGACGGCGAUGCCACCUACCUGCUGGACUUUGAAAACACCACCAUCAAGCCGUUCAUUUUGCAGAACUCGCCGCAAUUUGUCGCAUACGAUGGACCUAAGAUCUACAACCUGGAGGAAGACGUCGAAGGCUACAAAGAUCUAUCCGAGGCCGAGCAGGUGCAAUACCAAUUCAUGUACAAACGCACCCGGAACCAGCACUUGUGGGAGUCUGCUUUGAACAGAACCUACAGCAGCUUGAUCUCCGCCGUGGCGCCUCCGGUAAAGCUACUGAGAAGUCCAUAUGUCGCGUGCGUGGAGCGCAAGAACGACGCCGAGUAUUUGUUGGUCGACGAAAGUCUGAUUCAGCUACGCGAGGUGUGGGAGGUUUUUGCCAAGAACAAGCUUGUCGACAGCACCAAAUUCCCGCUGGAGUACACUCAAGAACAGCUACAGAAACACGCCGAUGAUCUGAAUGCGUUCCACGAGAAAUUGAUCAAGAGCCCAUUUGCCGCCACACAGGGUUGGAUUCCGCAAGAUAUGUUUGAGAAUCUGGUGAAUGCCGGCAUCCUGGUGAAAGAAGCCAAUGGCAACUACGCCAUCAAGCAGUGA